CUCUUAUAUAUCGAAAUUCAAAAAAAAUAAUAUUUCCAUAUAAAUGACAGGUUUCACUUUAGAAAAAGGGUCUAAGCUUCCUUUUGGGGUUUUUACGUAUAUUCCUUAUGAUAAGAAUACAUGUUCUUUUAAGGGAGAAGGGACGCCAGCAAAGGUUACGACGGAGGAAUGGAAAGAUUUAAGGGUUGUUUUAUUUUCGAUACCGGGAGCAUUUACGCCUACGUGUUCUUCGAGACAUGUACCGGAGGUUAUUGAAUUUUAUGAUGAACUUAAGGCCAAGAAUGUAGAUUUGGUAGUUUUUUUAGCAGCCAAUGAUCCUUUUGUUAUGGCUGCAUGGGGUGAUUCAUUAAAUGCGAGGGAAAAAAUUGUUUUCUUAACUGAUACUAACGCGGAAUUUUCGCAUUCAAUUGGCUUUUCUAUAGAUUUAUCUGCCCAUGGAUUUGGUACUAGAACAGGUCGUUAUGCUAUUGUUGUUGACAAAGGCAUUGUAACUUAUGCGGGACUCGAAAAAGAACCAAAUGCACUUACUGUUAGUGGUGUAAAGGCUGUUCUAGCUAAUCUUUGAAUGAUUUCUACAUUCAAAUUUAUAUUAUAUAAAAAUAUAAUCUUAU